AUGCCAACGAAAGCGGUGAUUUUCGACUUGGGCGGUGUCCUCAUCCCGGCACCAAUGGAUAUUUGGAAAGAAUAUGAACCCCAAAAUGGUCUUCAAUCCGGCUCAAUCAUGGAGGUGUUGCUGAGCGAAGAAGUCUAUGAACACUUUAAAAAUCUCGAAAUUGGCGGGACAAAUGUCGAGGAUUUUGAGCGCAUCUACACACAUUUCUACAACAAACAGACUGGCAGAACGAAUUCUAGCCUCAUUCAACCAUUGAGCAGUUUGAGAUCUUCACGAAGAAAUGUGAUGGAUCCACAAAUUUUGUUCCCCGAAAUGAUCUCUGCGAUCAAGGUUCUACGUUCUGCUGGCUACAAAACAGCCCUGUUGACCAACAAUUUCUAUUUUGAUCGAGCUCACCUCUUGCCGACAAUUCCACCAGGGAAAUCAUUCAGAGAUCUCUUCGAUGUGGUCUUCGAAACUUGCCGCGAACGAGUGAGGAAACCCGAUCCGAAAGCUUAUUUGGGAGUCACACAAAAGCUUGGGGUAUUCCCAAGUGAUUGUAUCUUUCUCGACGAUUUGGGUAAAAAUCUCGGACCUGCCAAGAAGCUGGGAAUGAAAACAAUCAAAGUGUCUUCAGUUCCACAGGCUCUCGAAGAACUGUCGACAACUCUCGGUAUUCGUUUGGAUGUGCCUCCAGAAACAAGAGAUCUAUUAGAAAGUGAAAAGCUUGAUACCGUGGCUUUGAAUGCAUAUCUCAACGAACAACGAGUGCCUUUGGGAGAAUUGAUCGUUCGAAAAUUCUCGCAUGGACAGAGCAAUCCGACCUAUUAUCUGAAGAGAGGACAUUGCGAGUUCGUUUUGAGGAAGAAGCCGGCCGGCAAACUGCUCCCCAAAGCUCAUCAGGUCGAUCGAGAAUUCGCUGUGUUGAACGCGCUGAAUGGGAAAGCACCUGUACCGAAAGUUUUCGAUUUCCGGCAAAAAAUUCUCCCCGAGCCAUUCUACUUGAUGGAAUAUGUGAAAGGCCGUCUCUUCACCGACCCCCGAGUCCCUGAUGUUUCCCCAAAAGAGAGAAAGGCAAUUUAUGAAGAUUCGAUCAAAACUCUCGCCAGACUGCAUUCUCUCGAUGUCGAUGCGAUCGGUUUGAGUGAUUACGGUAGAAAAGAUGAUUACAUGAUGAGAAAUCUUUCACGUUGGAAAGGAAACUACGAAAUGGCGAAAACAGAAGAUUGUCCAGAAAUGGAAAGAUUGGGGAAAUGGUUGGAGGGACAUUUACCGAGAGAUGGACGAGUCACUCUUGUGCACGGCGAUUAUCGAGUUGAUAAUGUAAUGUACCAUCCAAGUGAACCAAAAGUGGUAGCAGUGUUGGAUUGGGAAAUCUCAACAAUCGGAGAUCCUCUCGCUGAUUUGGCCACCUUUCUCUUCUCGCAUUAUAAUACCAAUAUGAUAAAGCCGGUUCAAGGCUUGGGUGGAUUGACUCCACGAGAGAUGGAGCGAUUGGGAAUUCCAUCUAUUGAAGAAGUGCUAAAUAUCUAUUGCCAGGAAGCCCGAAUCCCCUCAAUUUCUACCGAAGCCUUCACUCCAUAUGCAGCUUUUGUAUGUUAUCGAAUGGCCGCUAUUGCUCAAGGUAUUUACAUGAGAUUCUUGUCAAAGAAUGCCUCAUCUCCUGAUGCGGGCAAAGUGGCGGGUGUGCCUCGAAUUCUGGCCCAGACCGCGCUCGAACUGGUCGAUCGACUCGACGGAAAACAUAAAUUUGGCCUUCUACCGCUCACCAUCGACUCGUUGAGUCCAAAGGCGCGAAAACUGCAUGCGAUUGUCACAAAAAUUGUUCAUGAGGACGUGAUUCCUCUUGAAGCCGAGUUGGGCGAGUUCUACUUGGGGUCAAAUCCGUGGAGAAGACAUCCGAAAUUGGAAGCGAUCAAGGAGAAAACGAAAAAAUUGGGAGCUUGGAAUCUUUUCAUUCCAGAACACAUUGAUCCAGAAGCAAAAUACGGAGCUGGCUUAACGAAUGUUGAAUAUGCUCACAUUUGCGAAGUUAUGGGAUUGAGUAUCUAUGCUCCUGAGGUGUUCAACUGUCAAGCCCCAGACACAGGCAAUAUGGAGGUGUUGAUCAAGUAUGGGACACCCGCGCAAAAAGAGAAAUGGCUCAAGCCUCUUCUUGAAGGUCGUCUUAAAUCCUGCUUCGCUAUGACUGAACCCGAUGUCGCAAGCUCUGACGCUACAAAUAUUCAGGCUUCAAUUGUAAAAUCUGGAAAUGAGUACGUGAUCAACGCGAGGAAAUGGUUCACAUCGAAUGGAGGACAUCCCGAUUGUAAAGUGUGUAUCUUCAUGGGAAGAGUGGCUGGCAAAGGACAGAACUCUCGUCUCACUCAACAAUCAAUGAUGGUCAUUCCAAUGGAUGCUCCUGGGGUGAAAGUGCUUCGAAAUCUUCAUGUUCUUGGAGCUCAAGAUCCACCACAUGGUCACAGUGAGGUACUCUUUGAAAAUGUCCGAGUCCCGCUCGAAUGUAUGAUUCUCGGAGAAGGACGAGGCUUCGAGAUUGCUCAAGGCCGUCUCGGGCCUGGCCGAAUCCACCAUGCGAUGCGUUUAAUUGGACACGCGGAGAGAGCGGUGGAUUUGAUGAAGAAACGAGUACUUCAGAGGAAAGCCUUUGGUCGACCAUUGGCACAAUUCCAAACAAUCAGAAGUGAGAUUGGGAAAUCGAGAUGUGAGAUCGAGCAAGCGCGACUCUUGGUGUUGAAAGCAGCACAUAUGAUCGAUACUGUUGGGGCGAAGGGAGCAAAAACGGAGAUCGCGUUGAUCAAGGUUGUCGCCCCAGAUAUGUGUCUGAAGGUGGUUGAUCGAGCGAUUCAAGCACAUGGAGGAAUGGGACUAUCUGAAGAUACACCAUUGUCUAGUUUCUUCAUCUCGGCUAGAUCUCUCCGAUUGGCUGAUGGACCCGAUGAGGUGCAUUUGGAGGGAAUCGCUAAGACUGAAUUGCACAGUAAGCUU